CCCAAUCCUGCUGCCAAUGGCAACACUCACUAGACCCAAAACUUUGCACUGUGAACUUGCUUGCCACUUACUGUGACUGUUGUCAUAGCCUACUGCUGCUGCUGAAAUUGGAAAUACUGGUAAAGGGGCAUUAUGUGCAAAAGCGGCCUAACGACACCCACGGGCAAUGGUGACCGUUCGUUCCUACAUUAUAGUCGUGCAUCAUACUUCCAUCAGUUGAGAAAGCCCGUACAAAUUCACAGGAUUGAAAAAGACAGGGAUUACCGGCCAGGGCCUCACCCCUGCAGAACCCACGACCGGAACGUGGGGAGAACCGGAGACAAGUGGAACACAGGUGUGUGCCUGCGUGUGUGUGUGUUGAUAUGGAUCCUCCUGAAGAGGAGCGGACAGUUCGCUUCCUGCAGUACGUGGAAGACAGCGGGAUGAAGUCCUACCACGGCCUGGUCCUGCAGAACGCCGCCGACAUCGCCCGCGAGAGUGACCGUGUACGCUCACACACACACCUCACCUACCUGCAGGAGAAACACGAAAAGAAGAGGCGCCAGGAGGAGGCUAUCAAGAGGAUUGGUGAAGAUGUUGCCCGGGCAACAGAUGGAGUUGGCUAUCCAGGGAAACACUUCCGCAUGGGUUUCAUGACGAUGCCAGCUCCUCAGGACCGCCUCCCGCCUGCUUGUGGGCCGGGUUUCACGGUUCGCUCCCAAUCACUGCACUCGGUGGGCGGGGCAGAGGAGGAGGGAAGCCCCACCUCCAGGAAGCAGCCACCCCCAAAACCGAAGAGAGACCCCAACACCAAGCUCAGCACCUCAUCUGAGACUGUCAACAAGGGCGACGGUAAGGCGCGGCCCUGUAGCGAGGAGUAUAAGCGAAUGCCGCCACCAAAGCCUCGCCGCAGCCCCAACACGCAGCUCAGCACCUCUUUCGACGAGUCCUACAUGCGUAACCACGGCGACCCCUCACAACAGCGGCCUCCAUCACAGGGCGGGCGCAAGGCAUCGUCACAGACACAGAGCCCAGCCGUGGACACGGAGGAUGAGGAGGAGGAGCCCGUUUACAUCGAGAUGGUGGGCAACAUCCUGCGUGACUUCCAACGGAUCGCCGCGGCCGCCAACAGCGACGGCGACUACGUCGACGGUCAGGAGGAUGACGCCGGCGAGAGCGUGUACGAGGAGAUGAAGUACCCGGCGGCGUCGGUGUCCGCAGACCUGCCAGGGGGUCUGGACUACGUGCCGGCAAUGCCGGGGGCCACGGCGGAGGAGGCGCUGGCAGCCGCCAUGAUGCUGACCGCCGCACAGAGCGGCCGCUCGUCUUCAGGCUCGUCCUCGGCAUGCGGGACGCCGCGCGGGUCACUGUGCGACAUCCCCGCACCCUUCCCCAACCUGCUGACGCACCGGCCGCCUCUGCUCGUUUUCCCGCCCGCUCCCGCCCAGUGCUCGCCGAACUCGGACGAGUCCCCUCUCACACCCCUGGAGGUGGCCAAGCUGCCCAUCAUGCUCGAGGGCUACCAGAAGGGCGGAGGGGCGUCCCCCACAGCGGCAGAGGGAGGCCAGCCGCCCCCCUCCUCCUCCUCAUCUUCCUCCUCCUCCUCUCACCAUCAUCAUCAUAAACACCACCACCACCACCACCACCACCGGCACCACCGCAAAGGCAGCAAGGACCUGUCGUCCUCGUCCUCGUCGUCCACGGCGACCAUCACCGUCUCCGGGCGCUCCUCGGCGCCGCCCUUACCCUCCGCCCUCUACAAGAGCCCCGCCCAGUCCUCGGCCCACGGCUACCCGCGGAGCCACUCGGCGUGCCCGUCGCCCGUGAGCGUGGGCCGCGCGCUCACGCCGCUCAGCCUCAAGCGCCCGCCGCCGUACGACGUGCUGCUGGCGCAGGGCCACUCGCACACGGGCAGCAUGCCCCGCAGUGCGUCCACCACGCCGCACGGCGGCUCCAAGCUGGCCGCCUCCGCCAACGUGCACGGAGGCUCCAUGCAGAACGUUUCCACGGCCACGUCGGCCUCGGUGGCGGCGGCGGCGGCGGCGGCGGCCGGACGCUCGUGUCGGACCCCCACCAGCCCGCUGGACGAGCUGAGCAGCCUGUUCACCUCAGGGCGUAACAUGCUGAAGAAGGGCUCGUCCAGUGGGCGCAAGAGCAAAGAGCCCGGAGAUGGUGAAAAGAGUCGGAGUCACAGCACAGACAGUAAGGAGCGCUCUCACUCCUCCAGUCGGGACUCGCCGCAGACCACUCCCCUCGAAUGGGAUGGCCAAUCAGGACAAUCAGGAACACCCACGGCCACGCCCAGUCGCCUAGGCCGCUCCUCCGUCAGCCCCACCACCAUGCUGGGGGGAGGAAGCUCAGAACCCAAGGCAGUGUGUAAGCUUGGCCGCUCCGCCUCCACGUCAGGUGUCCCUUCGCCAGUGGGGACCCCCUUAAGACACGCCUCCCCCGAUGCAUUAGCCAAUCAGAGUGCCAGUCUUUGCCAGAUCCCCCCCCUGGCCUGGGCGUGUGGGGACAGCACCAUGAUGGAGAUGAUCGAGAAGAAGCGCACGCUGUGCCGCGAGAUCAAGUCCCGCCAGCGGCCCCUGGACAAGGGCCUGUGCAAGCAGGAGAGCAUGCCCAUCCUGCCCAGCUGGAAGAAGGCCAACGGGAGCAAGAAGCACGGACCACCCCCCUACAACACCCAGACCACUGUCUUUUGGGACACUGCCAUCUGACACGAACACACACACACACACACACACACACACACACACACACACACACACAGAUGUGUGUACAA